AUGUCUCUGUCUAUGUGUCCUAUCUGGUAUAAUGUCUCUGUCUAUGUGUCCUAUCUGUUGUCUCUGAUGAGCAAGCUGACCGGGCAGAGCUCUCUCCUCAGUGAGCUGUGGGUCAUUACCAUUAAGAUUGGAUCCUUCUUCAUCGGGGAGCACAACAUGCAGGUCAGAGAGGAGACCGAGCACGACCACUCUGUUGCUGAGCAUCACAUGCACCCGCGAUACGACGCAAAGACAAGCCAGUACAACCACGACAUAGCCCUGCUGAAGCUCCUCAUGCCCGCAGUCCUCUCUGACUACAGCCUCCCCAUCUGCCUGGGGCCCAAGGACUUCACUGAGACGGUGCUGAGAGAGGCCUCCAGCUCAGUGGUCAGCGGCUGGGGCAGGAUGCGCUUCCAGGGCCCUGAAGCCUCCAUUCUGCAGAAGGUGGAGGUGCCCUAUGUGGACCGGACAGAGUGCAAGGGCAGCAGCGCAGAACAGGUGUCCCGCUUCAUGUUCUGUGCUGGUUACCACAGCGAGCAAAAGGAUUCAUGCAACGGGGACAGUGGCGGUCCACAUGCCACCCGGUACCGGGACACCUGGUUCCUGACGGGCAUUGUGAGCUGGGGCGAGGAGUGCGCCAAGGAGGGGAAGUAUGGCAUCUACACUCGUGUGUCACGCUACUUUCGAUGGAUCUCCAAUGUCACUGGUUUUGGAGGCAUUGGUUUCUAUUCUGAGACUGAUGUCUGAGAGGCCAAAAUCA